AUGACUUCCACGGCAGGGGGCAGCUGCCCCGUGGUUCCUAAGCACAAACACCGCCGCGGCAGCCGCCGCUCCAGCAGCCUGAACACAGACCCCCAGGCCCUGCCAGCCCUCGGGUACUUCCAAACGCUUCCACUAGAGAUCUUCCAAAUGGUGCUGAACUACCUGUCAGUGAGGGACAUCAGCAUGCUGAGCAUGGUGUCGAAAACCAUCAGCCACCACCUUAUUAAUUACAUCUCAACCCCAUCAGGAAACCGAAGGCUCUUAUGGCAAGACUUUCAUAACCAUGGGCUGCCUGACAAGAGAGAAGGAUCCUCUAUUUUAGAGCACUACAAAUCUCUAGGGCUGUUGCUGAAACGAUGCACCUUGCUGCUGCCCACCAAGGACAGGCUGAAGUAUAUCCACAAGAUUCUCUCAGAAGUUUCCUGUUUUAAACUUAUUGGCUGUCCAAGUCCUCUGCAUUGCUUAGGACUGCAGUGCUAUGGGGUGUUUUUACAGAUCCUCACAGCAGGCUGGGAUGAGCUGGAGUGUCACCGGGUUUUCAACUUCCUCUGUGAGCUGAGCAACCUACCCCGCAAGGUGCAGACAGUUGUCAGCAGCAAACCAGGGAGCGCUCGGAAGCUGGAGCUGCGGAUCCGGCUGUACUGCCGGGGGGUGCUGCUCAACCACUGGCUGCACCGCAGCGACUCCGCCUUUUGGCUGACACGGAUCCUCAAGCCGUGGCCCAUCGUCAAUCAAGCUCGGCUGCUGUACAUCAUCUUCGGGCCAGUGUCCUCUCUGGAUGGACACGUGGUUUGGCAGAAGAUGAUAGAAGGCCCAACAGAUGAGAGCAGCCUGAGAGGCCUGGCAGAGGCAAUCAAGCUGCUGUAUGACACAGAGGCUCGAGAGUGGACAGCAGAUGAUGUUAUCAGCCUGGUGGAUGAGCUCUCAGUUGUUCCCCGGGAGUGGCUGGUGGAGAACAAUGCUCGGCUGCUCAUCCUGAGUGGAAACAACAUUUGCUUCACUUUCAUGGCCAGUAAAGCUGUGAAUGGGAGGACUGCAGAGUUAGCCAGGCUCAUGGUCUUCCUGACUUUGGUCUGUGAGAAGGAGCUGUACUGCAUGGACUGGGCAGUGAAAAUGAUGCAGAAGGUCUGCAAAGUGUUCAGCACCCCAGGGGAGAGAAACAACUUCCUGCAGUGUGUGGAGAACACCUUUGCCCACAUGGUCAUAGACAUGCUGCAGGCAGUGCUGUCUGGGGACCGGGACGAGGAGGACAGCAGCUUCUUCACUCUCUUUCACCUGGUGAAUGCACAAGCCAGCUUCCACAAAGAAGUCCUCUACCUGACCAUGAGGAGCACCCCCAGCAGCUCCAGCUGA